AUGGCCAUGCCGGCACAGCGCCCUGUCUACAACCCGCCCUGCGCCGCUUCCCGCGGCAGGCGCUCCGGGACUGCCAGCGCCGGGCUCCGUCCGUCGCGCCCGCCACAUCUGCUCUGCGAGGCAGCUCAGGCCUUCGCCGCCUGCCCGUCCCCCGCCGCGGCCUGCGGCGCCCUCCCCGGCACCACCCCGCGCGGGGCCGGGCGGGGCCGGGCGGGGGCCGCGCUGGGCGGGGCGCUGUCCGCGCCGCGGGUGCUGAAGGGCGGCGCGGCGCCGGCACCUGCCGCCCGGCGCGACCCGCUCGGCUCGGCGCGGAGCUGCAGCCGCCAGCGCCCGGCCAUGGCCGCGCUCCUCGGCCUCGUGUUGCUCAUAUACUUCACAAGUAUAUCUGCUGCCCAGACUACUGACUGUGGGCAUCUGAGGGAACAAUGUAUAAAUGCUGCAAAUGGAUGUGAGGGUGUCUGGAAUGUCGUGGAAGAUGUCUGCAAUAUUUCAGGUAACAGAUGCAAGGCUGAAGAUGCCGUUGGCUGUAAUAGAAUCAUCCAGGUCCUGGCUGAUGAAUAUCCAGCAUUUAAAAACUGCGUCUGCACUACAAAUGGUUUCUGUAGCAUCACAACGUUGCUUGAGAAACAAUGUCGUGUUAUUAAAGAUUAUUCGGAUACUUCCUCAAGACCAGAUACUGAACUGAGUUUCAGGCAACACAGCACUCCCAAAGACCAAAGACACCCAGAUGAAUCAGAGAAUGACUGCAGUAUCGCAAAGCAAAGCUGCCGGGAGGACCCUGACUGUUUUUUAGCAUACAAGAACUUCCAGCGAGUUUGCCAGGCAGAAGUGGCGAAAUGCCGGCUCCAGAUGGCUGCGCAGCAGUGUUUAUCAGCAUGGAAAGAGCUGAGGAAAACAGCACUGGGAAAGUGCAAGUGCUCAGAGCCACUUCAAAAGAGAUGUGCUAAAAUAUGGAAGGGAAUAUUUAACAACCCUUGCUUACAAUACUCUGAAGAGAAUCGAGCUUCAGCAUCUAGUGAAGAUGAUGAUGAUGAUGAUGACGAUGAUGAAAAUCAGGACUCUAACACAGAUAAUAUUAGUAUGGAAGCAAAAUUACAAUGGAAUUUAUCCACCCUCUCCAAGCAAGAAUACACAGCAAACAGAACCUGUUUGGAUGUGAACAAAGAGUGUGUUGAAGAUGAAGUAUGUAACAAACAGUUGUCCCUAUACCUAAAAGCUUGCUCAGUAAAUAAAAAAUGCAACAUGAAAGAAUGUCAAGCAGCCAUAAGGUUCUUCUAUCAAAACAUGCCUUCUGAAGUUGCCCAAACCAUGACCUUUUGUGAUUGUAUCCAGCCUGAUGAAUCUUGCCACAGAGCUAAAGACCUUCUUCACGGCAAGCCCUGUGCAGUGACUGCAGUUCCUGCCCCGUCAUGUCUAGAUGUAAUUCCCAUGUGUGAAGAGAACGAUUUGUGCAGGAAAAAAUACAAAACCUUUCGGUCAAAGUGCUGGAGGCAUGUGACAAAAGAGUGCUACAAAGAUGAAGCUUGUCUUGAAACUUUAAUCAAGGAUGACAUACCCUGUUCUGCAAAUGCUGCUUGCAAAGCAGCUUACAUCAGCACCUGGGGCACGAUGCUGCGUGUGGAGUGUACCUGCCCUAACUUACCUCCCCCUGAGCAGGCUUUAUGCAAGCUCUUCCAUCACAUGCUUCAUAGCAAAUCCUGCUUCAGUGAGUUACGUCAAAUCUCAAUUAAGAAAAAAGGUUUCCAUUGGGUAAAUACAGAAAUACCAGCAGAAAGGUUUUCCAGAGCACAGCUGCAUUCUUCUUCAAUUAAUGGUGAAACAGUCUACAUUAUUGCCUAUUCCUCCUGCAUAGUUCUCAUCCUAGGAAUAGUCCUGUUGACUCUUCUAAAGAUCAGAGCCUGCAGAACAAAAUAUGAGUCAAGAAGUCCCUCGCCAGACCAUUCUUCUGAAACAUUUAUGGUCCAUUAUAAAAGUCACAGAUGAACUACCCUGUUGCUUAUGCUUUUUAAGGCUAUUCUUGAAAGCCAGCCUGUUGUACAUAUGCGAUAAUAAAAUAUAUAUUAGAAAGCCUAUUAUAAAUUAUGGAAUUUUGUAGUUGAGCAUACAAAAGAGUUUUAUAUUUAUUAACACAUAUUAAACCUUUCACAGGCUAAAAAAAAAUAGCACUGUAUUCUUUUUCAUUUGUGUAGAUUCACAGAUCUGUCCCAGGCUGCACAUUUACUUCAUCUUUAGAUUCACAUGACACUAGUAUAAAUGCUUUAUCAGCAUGAGUCUGGCUUUGCUACACACCUAGGAGUGGCAAAAUUUGAAACCCACCCUUCUGAUCCGAAUUCAUCUGGUGGAAAGGAAAAGACUCUGCUCAGAAACAAUUUUGGAGAGUUUUGAAAAAACACAUAUUUGGUAGUUUUGUACAUUAGUUCCCCUUAAUACAGGGAGACCAAGUAUCUAAUGAGAUGUUUGUGUGGAAGCACUCACAGGUAGGCUGUCUAAAGUUUGAUGGUAGAGCACUUUCUGGGAUAAGAGGAGAUCAGGUUUUAACACCAUUCAGUAUGAAGUGGAAUUAAACUCCGACUAUCUGGGCUAACACUUUGACCACUAUGUUGUUGCUGGAAAGAUAAGCCAUUAUCAUCACUAGUUAUUCUUUCUCCUCCAAUAUGUUGCGACAAAGAAAAAGAUGAGCAUUGCCAAUUUGAAAAUGAUGAUUUUAGAAAACAUUCUGGUUUCUGAAUCCCCAGUGGACAGAGCUGCUUGUUUGGGGCUUUAAGUCAAGCGCCUAUUUCUCUAGAAAGAGAGAAGUUAAGACCCAUUCAUCAUCUGUGUUUCCUACUCAUUGUCUCCAGGCAACACCUGAAGUGCCUAAUUGCACAUGCCAUGCACUGUACUGGGAGUCUCGGUCCCUAACACACCAUUCUGGAUCCCACUGUGGCUUUGAACUCUGGAUUUCACUCUGUAGCUGUUAUUUUGGUAGGGCUAAGCUUUUACUUAUUACCAACUGAUUGCCUUUGUUAGAUCUUUGUUCUGGUUCUGGUCAGCACAGAAU